UUCCUCUAUUGCAUGAACUCUGCAAAAAAAAGGAAAUGAAUUAUUACAACUGAAAUAUUCGUACGCAAAGGACGGUGUCAAAAUGUUAAAUACUAUCUGUGACUGGAGUUCGCCCGAAGACGUAGCGAUAGAGUAUCAUAGUUUGGAGGCAAUUCAGAAGAUCAGUUAUUCCGAGCUUAGCGAUGCACAAGUAAAGAUUGAAGCUGUGCUCGCAGGUGCUGUUAAAAAACAUCAAUUUGUGGGGAUAAAUUGUGACGUAAAAGCUCCAAGCAUCCCUGCUCUGAUCUUGGGAAUUCUAUCUCAAGGAUCUGCAUUUGUGAAUUUGCCAUCUACAGGUUUGAGAGAAAUUUCCUCUAGGAUUGGACUUUCCUUUGCAUUUUCUCAAUCAGUACUUUCUGGGGCAAAUCCACUAUGCGAAGUCGACGUACAUGGGGAAACGGUCAAAUUUCUUGAAUUGGAAACUAUCGAUAGCACAAAUAACAUAGACAAGAAUGAAUUCGCGUACGCUAUAACGACGUCAGGCUCAACAGGAAUACCAAAAGUUGUGAAAGUUCCUCACGCUUCUAUAGUGCCUAACAUUUUAGAACUGAAGAAAAUUUUUCGCUUAUCAAAACAUGACAAAAUAGCACAAUUAACCAAACUGACUUUUGAUCCUAGUAUAGUAGAGACGUUUUUGAGCUUGGCUAGCGGCAGUACGCUGUUUAUGGUUUCAAACGAAGUCAUUAGUAGCCCGCAUAAAUUGUUGAACUUGAUUUUUGAGCAUCAAGUUACAUUCUUGCAAACCACACCGUCACUAUGGUUGUACAGGUGGACUGAGCAUCAAUUAGGAAACACAAUCUUUGGUAGGGACAGCAGAUUGAAAGUGUUACUUUUUGGCGGUGAACCUUUGCCUAAAGUCGAUAUGUUCAGAACUAUAAAACACCCAAUUAAUCAGACUAGGAUUUACAAUAUUUACGGCAUAACUGAAGUAUCAUGUUGGGCUAGUAUAAAUGAAAUUAAUAUAAAUUAUAAUGAAGUUGAAACUUCACCUGCAAUCAAUCAAUAUUUGGGGACACCGCUUUCCGAGACCACUUUUCAAGUGAGAAACCGGAAUGGCGAUAUCAUUUGCAACGGCGAAGGCGUCUUAUUCAUUGGAAGUGAUACCAGAGUCUGCGUGAUUGACAACGAAGAUUUGAAAGAUUUGGAAACACCAGUGUAUAGGAAAACUGGAGAUUUAGUUGAAGUAAGAGGAAACAGCGAGGUAUUCUAUAGAGGUAGAUGCGACAGGACUGUUAAAAGGUUUGGUAAUAGAGUAGAUUUAACUGAGCUAGAACAAACGGUGUUGAAAUUGAAUUUUGUGAAAAAUUGUCUGGUAUUGUGGGAUGAAAAACAGCAUAAGCUCUAUCUGUGCAUUUCUAAAUAUGAUAAAUUUACCAACGAAUUGAAAGUGCAAGAAGAACUUAAUAAUGAGCUUUGUAAGCUACCGUCUUUUUAUCAACCAAGCAGAAUAAAAUAUUUCAAUACUUUUCCACUGACUAUAAAUGGAAAAAUCUGCACCAAAAGUUUGAUGAGAACAUUUCAAACUACAGAGGAAGGUCAUGCCCAAAAUAGCCAGGAAGUGAAUGACUCAAAAUUAGUAGGAACAAUAUUAAUGCAACUCUGGAAAAACCAUCUAAAGUCAACAAUCGAUUCUGGAUUUUUGGACUGCGGUGGAAAUUCUAUAAAGGCAAUGCAGAUUGCCAACGAAUUUUCUGCAGCAUCAAAGACAGAGUUCCCUGAAUUAAUUGGUUUGUUAUUAAAAAAUGAAACGCUCGCCAACUGCGUGGAUUAUGCACUUAGAAAAAUCCAAUCUUCUGUGCAAAUAAUUAGUAGUGUAGACAAUAUUGUCAGUUCAAGUUCAAACUACACACAAUUUGCGAUGAAUAAAAAAAGAAAGUAUGAUUUUAUACAGCCCGAAAAAUCUUCACAUCCUAACUUAUGUUUGUGGCAAAAAUGUAGAGGAAGAGUGACUGGAGAGAGUGAUGGAAACCAUCUUCUCCCAAGCACAAAUUUUGGUCUGAAUAUUCCGUCACAAUUAACUGUGGAAUGUACACAAGAUUUGAAGAAAUGUGUUGACGCAUCGCCAAUUAUAUUUAAAUACUCUAGCGGUGAAAUCUAUACAUCUGUAGGUUCCCACGCAGGACUCAUUGUGACUAAACAACUGAAUAGUCAGGAUUCAAUUACUUAUGAAAUGAACCUGCCCGAUAGAAUUGAAGCCUCAGUUCUUGUUCUGGAUGAGUUCAAAGGAAUUGUUGGGUGUUACGACGGAUAUGUGUAUUGUGUGAACUUGAAGAGCGGGCAAAUAAUAUGGAAAUAUAAAACUGGUGACUCUGUCAAGUGCACAGCGGUAGCAAGUAGUGAUGGAAAAAGUGUGUUUGUGGGAUCGUAUGACAAAUAUUUUUACAACAUCUCUAUAAAAGAUGGUAAAGAGAUCUGGAGAUUUAAAGGUAGCGAAGGUAGCAUUUCAGCUACUCCUUGUACCAGUCUGAGGGCAAGUUCAGUUCUGUUUGGAACUCUUGAUGGGACUUGCAUGUCAUUGAACCAGACUUCUGGAGAAGUAAUUUGGAAGUUCAAAUUUAACGAUCCAAUAUUUUCCGCCCCAGCAAUGCUGGAAAAUGAAGACAUCGUGUACUGUAGUGUUUCUGGAGAAAUUAAGUGCUUUAAUUCCGAAACUGGUCACGAGAAUUGGAAUUAUAAAAUUGAUGGCAACGUCUUUUCUCACUUGGUGGUAAGAAAGAAUUGCUGUGUGAACACCGAGGAGCUAAUCAUUGGAUCCAACAAUAAAAGUGUUUACUGUCUCUCCGUACAAACGUUUUCGUCAACCCCGAUUCUGAAAUAUUCAGUUGCUUUUGAAUGUCCAAUAUUCGCGACACCCUACUGUGAAAGAGAUGUUUUAAUCAUUGCCGAUACAGGCGGUGUUUUAAGUUUUAUAAAUGCUUUGAACGGUCAAGUUGUUACCAGCUUGAAAUUGGGUGGAAACGUAUUUUCAUCACCUGUAAUAAAUGGUGAAUUCCUUGUAGUAGGAUGCAGAGACAAUAAUAUGUAUGUUGUGAGAAUAGUUGGAUAAAUGAAAUUUGGAAAAAAAAAGGAAUUGUCUUUGAAAGCGAAGAACGUUGAAGAAAAUAUCCAGAUUGUUUAAUAUAAUAUCAUUUAUUUUCGUAUGCCUGCCAAAUUACAGUCGUAAGUGUUUCAUUUCUCCAACAUUCUGUAGAAUAGAAUCGAUGUCCCAAUGAAUUGGUGUUAUAUCGCAUCAGUUUGUUUUAUACCACGCAGCAUGUAAGCUUGACACACAAUUUUUGGUAAUCAA